AGGAAUAUGGGAUCUAUGGGGCCAUUUUAAUCUGUGAAGCACUUUGAGUUGCAUGUUUUUGUAUGAAAAGUGCUUUAUAAAUAAAGUUGAUUUGAUUUGAUUUGAUCCGGUUCUGUAAUGUCUACACUGGUUACCUUUAAACUACAUAAUCCAUUUUAAAGCGCUUCUACUAGUUUAUAAAUCACUCGGUGGCAUGAGGCCAGAGUACACGUUGGAUUAUCUACACCCAGCAGGGCUCUGACGUCCUUAGGAAGCAGUCAGCUGGUAGAACCGGGUCAGAACCAAACAGGGUGAAGCUGCUUUUAGCUACUCCGCUGCUCUCAGAUGGAAUCAGCUUCCUCGUGACCUGAAAUGUGUCCCACCGGCCUUUGGAUGGCUGUUUUUCUGCUGCUCGUUCUGCACUUUAACUUUAAAUGAGUUAUUUUUUUUUUUCAUUUUUAAAUCAUAUUUUCUGUCAUAUAGUUUUUAACGAUCUUACUCGUGGAAAGCACGUUGAAUUGGCUCUGUGUAUAAAAUCUCCUACAUAAAUAAAGCGUCCUUGCCCCGUGUAGAGCUGGCACUUCCUUAAAACCCAGCAGCAGGAUGAUUUACAGCCACCUCCAACCUGUGAUGUUAUUUUUUACAGUGAGACCCAGCUGUUGGCCUUCUCCGUCCACAGAAAACCCAACAGGUGCUGAAUGUUGUUCUGCUUCUGUCUUCCCCUUUGCUCUUGGUGACCCUUGACCCAAACGGCGUUUGACUGUAGAGGAGCAACGUGAUCUCUCUCUGGUGACCCCCUAGGCAUUUAUAACCGCUCAUGUGUGUGAGAGUAAAGAUGGCUGCCAAGGCUUCUCGAGAUUCCACCUCUCAUGGACUCAGACGGGCUUGCUCGCGGGUCUGAACCAGUCCCACAUUUAUUUUGUGCUUUGGCACGAGUGUCACACUGUCUUCUAGAACAAGAGCAUUAAGAACUAGCACGAACCAUAAUAAAGACGAGAUGAAACAGUAAAAACAAAUCUGACCAAACGUUCGAUGCGUUAGCCCUUCAGCCUCUUCCAGCCACUGCGAUCAUCUGGAGUGCUACGUUACACCAUAGUUAACAGCUUGUUGGGUUACACGGGGCAUCGUGGUAACCUGUGGCCUUUUAGCAUUCCCCAGAGAGAGAGGGGAAGGACAGGAACAACCAAACAACCUCACCACUGAGAAAGGAUAACAGGACGCGCAUGAUCUGCAACUUAGAGAGCACUUCUCAUCCAACCGUAAGUCUUCCCCGUCCGUUGGCUUCUGGAUGCAUUAAAAGCGUCGACAGACUGAAGCGAUUGAUGCAGAUGACAGAGCUAAUGGAAGGUGUGCCAGUGGGUAAUCCACAUCUCCGGAGGAAGAGCGAGGAACGGAAGAGAGAGAUGGAAAAGAGCCGGGAAAACGGGUGGAGGGAGAGGACGAGCCGCUGGGUGAGUGUUGAUGCCAGAGAUGGAGAAAGGGAUGAGGAGGAGGUCUUACGAGGCCUUAGGGGAAGAGCUUAUGAAGAAAAGGAAGGAGAAGAAAAAGGAAAGGAGAAACGAGAGAAGAGGAGAGGCAAAUCAGAAGGUAGGAGAGGAGAGGAAGAUCUGAAAGAUGGUGAUGCAGAAGAAAGGCUGGAGGAAGAGCGUCAGUUUCACUACAGAGAGCAAGACGAGAUAGGACGUUAUGAGGAAGUCAGCCUUUCAGAUUCAGUGGAAUUUCUAAACAAUGAAGAUGUUGACCGUGAAGAUCUAAAAGGCUGGAAGACUUUAGGUGCAUCUAAAUCUGCAGGAAGUGAACAAGAGUUUCCUAAAUUGUUGCAAGAAGACUCCUCAGAUGAUGAAGGAACUCAGAGCCAAACAGAUGAAGGUGAGGGUGCUGAUGAUGCGGAUGAGUUCAAGGUCUACCACCAACACGAUCACCACACCUACUUAUUCAGCACCCUGAAGACGUUCAGAGAGUCCUCCAUUCUUACUGACCUGACUCUGAAAACGGAGGGUGGGAGGAGUUUCCACGUGCACUCGCCCGUCCUCGCUGCCGUCAGCUCGCUCAUCUGGACGCAUCUCAAGAAGACGGGCGAAGAAAACAAACUCAGUGGAAGUGUCGGGGUUCAACCGUGGUCAGUGUGUCUCGGUCCAGAGGUGGAUCCUGUUGGAUUAGAGGCCAUCUUGGAGUUUGCCUACACUGGAAUCAUAUCGUCUGUGAACAGGCACGACGUACAGAGAAUAAGAGCAGCAGCUGAGUCACUGGGCGCCCUCCGGGUUUGGCAGCUUUGUGUCAACGAUGAAGAUCCUCUCUCGAAACAGAAUGAAGAUGAGCAGAUCUUCGCAGCAGAGCAAAUGGAGCUCAGUCUUCAGUUCAUCAAACAACAGUGGAUGGACAGAGUGGGCUGUGAUGUGGUUCUGGAGGCUCUUGGUGGAUCUCUUCAUGUCCACAGAGUCAUCCUGGCUGCCAGUAGUGACUACUUCCACAGGAUGUUCACCUUGAACAUGAAAGAGUCCCAUCAGUCCUGUGUGAGCCUUCCUUUCGUGUUGGUUUCAGAGCUAGAAGUUCUGGCUGGUAGCUCCUACAGCGGGACUCUCCCUCUGAGCUGGACGAGCAUCUUUGAGAUCACCAGCACAGCUCUUCAGCUCCAGCACCAGCCAGCUCUGUCCUUGUGCUUUAACUUCCUUCAACAAGAAAUAACUCCCCAUACUUGUCUGGAUGUGGUAUCAUUUGCUGAAGCCUUCGAAAUGCCUCAUCUUCUUGAAGCAGCGGAGGAUUAUAUUUUGCAGCAUUUCCAGGAGGUUGCACGCACCUCAAAGUUCACUGACCUACCAGCCAGACAGCUUCUCAAGUACCUGAACAGUAAGUCCCUCUGUGUUUCAUCUGAGCUCAUCGUGUUCAACGCGGUGGUCUCGUGGAUUACAGCAAAGCCCAACGUAAGGCUCAAACUUGCCAGAGAGCUUGUGAGAACGGUCCAUUUCCCCCUGAUGACGUUCAAAGAAUUCAAAGAGGUCCAAUCUCGAACGCUGUGGUGUGAUCACAGCUUGGCAGGGCUGUUUGGAGAAGUCCUUGAAGACUUCUGCUCCAGUGAAAGUGCACUGCAGCACCGCUGCCGCUCCUAUUCGCCCAAAGAGUGUCUGGUCUUAAUCGGAGGUGACCAGAUCUCUGAGGACCUGAGCAGUCGCAGCGUCAGCAGAGAACUUUGGUUUGGGAAUUCUUUAAGGAAUCUCACAGGGAUUAAGAAGACAGUGGAAUGGAGAAAGUUGGGCGAGAUGCCAGAGUCAGAGAGGUUUAGUCACGAGGUUGCUGUGAUGAAUAAACAACUGUAUGUUUUUGGAGGCAAAAAGUAUUACGGCAUCGGUGACGCCCUGAACUCUGUUUUCAGGUUUGACCCCCAUCAGAACCGCUGGGAGAGCCUGAGUAAAAUGCAGGAAAAGAGAAGCUUGUUCUCUGCGGUUGUCCUCGAUGGAAAAAUAUACGCCAUUGGUGGGCUUCGAGAACCCGACCACAUGGACAGUGUUGAAUGCUACUGCCCCACCACAAACGUAUGGAGUUUCACCCGGCGCUUGGAUCUGCCUUUGAGUGGACAUGUAGCAAAGGUUUUCAAAGAGCAGAUUUUUGUCUCAGGAGGACAAAACAAUGACUGCUCAUGUCUUUCGUCCAUGUUUGUUUAUCGCCCAGAGACAGGAAGCACCUUUCUGGCCAACAUGAGCAAACCUCGAGCUCACCACUGCAUGGAGGUCCUAGGUGAAGGUAUUUAUGUCGCAGGAGGACUCACAACAAAGGAUGACGGGAGUCUCAUCAACCAGCUGGCCUGUGAGGUGUACAGUCCAGCUGCUAACUCCUGGACUGCCUUCGCUUCUCUGUCAGUGCCACAUGUAGGAGCAGGAAGUGUGAUUUUGGAGGGAAGAUUGUACCUACUGGGCGGGUACAGCCAGGAAGACCACAGUGACACCAAGAUGGUCCAUCGUUUCGACACCGCAAUGCAGAAAUGGGAGAACAUCGGAAGGACACCUGGACCAAAUAACGACUUACGAGCGUGCUUACUGACCUUGCCGCAACAUUUACGAGCGUAACGCUCCUUCCUGCAUUCUGAUGCCUGCUCAGGUGUAGGUGCACUUCAGGUGUAGGUAACACAGCCGAGUCAGUUUUAGGUGAAAAAAAAAUGAAACUUGACAAUUUUUCAUCAUGUAAAAUCUUAAAGGGUCAACUUGUCCUAGAUCAAAAGGGCUGUUUGUUAAAAAUGUCUCAUUAAAACCCAGUGUUGGGAGUAAUGCGGUACAAAAGUAAUUAAUUACUGUAAUGCAUUGCUUUUUGCUGUAAUGUGGUAAUGUAAGGCAUUACAGGGAAAGAAAACGGUAAUAUGUACUCGGUAUAAUUGUCAGUAACGCGGUAAUUACAAUGCAUUUUUAAACCCAGAAUCAAGAUGUGGGUUUCCUAAAAAUUCAAAUUGUGGGAAGCCUGAAAAAAGAUCCGGUAUCUACAUAUAUGACGUCAUUUAUGGACUCAGCUUUGCGGGCAUUCUAUGAGCAGAGAGGACGCAGCGGUAACGGCUCAAAUACUCCAGCUGCGUCCUGCGCGCGGCCGCUGUUAUAUUCACUAAACCGCUCCACCAAAACAAAGUCAUUCGUUUGCGAUCGUUUAUAUCAGCCCAUAUUCUCUGGUACUUCAUGUACUUUUCAGCUGAGUUCAUAAUCUGUGCCCCAGUGAUUUCAACUCAUUGCUGCUGGUUCGGUAGAUCCCUUUGGCUGAUUAGUUAGAAAGUAGGAAGUCUAGUUUACAGUUUUUCUGGAAGACGGGGAAAACAUGCAGCAUGCAGGAAGGUUAGAGAGAGAAAGGGCCGGAAAUUAUUCACAUAAAGUCAAGAAAAAAAGAAAAAAGUAGGUAGAUUUAUCCCCAAUACACAUGUUUACCAGUGAAAAGCAAUAAUAUAUAAGCAUUUAAUAUUUAUACAUGUGAUAGAAUCAGAUCACCCCAGAAGUCAGUCCCACAUCCAGGGCCGUAUCAAGGCAUUCGGGGACCAAGGCAAAUAUAGGCUUGGAGCCCCCACCACCUCACUCCCUGAUCUGUUAAUAUAAGAUGGCAGCAUGCUGAGAGUACAGAUUGUUGUUGCUUUUAUUUAAUAAACAAUCAUUUUAAAGCACUGUUAUUAUAUCUGACUGUUUUUAACAGCAAUCCUAGCUCAGACACCACAUCACCUUCCACAUAUAUGUCAUGAGCUCACCGAGCGUCACAUGACCAGAUUCAUAUUGAAGUUGUACUGGUGAAAGUAACUUAAAGUAAUGCAAAAGUAGUGUAAUGCCUUACAUUUUAAAAUCAGUAAUAUUGUAAUGUAAUGAAUUACUUUAAAAUGAGGGUAACAAGUAAUAAAUAAUGCAUUACAGUUUUGAAGUAACUUGCCCAACACUGUGAAAACCACAGAAGAAGAGAAGAUGAAUAGUUCAUUAUUAGUUACGGACAGGAGCUCUUAUUGUAUGCGUAUUUGAUCGUUUGUAAUCUGGUGUGUUCUGUGCACCAGGCUGAAUACAAUCCACCAUCGUGUGUUUACCUGUAACCUUGUUAUCAUUUUUCUGCUGUAAUAAGUGAACGCCCCCACUGUGGGAUCAAUAAAGUUUAUUCUAUUCUAUCAGAAGGGUCCUAUUACGGUUCCUUUAUUGAUAGGAUGAUCAUUAUGAGCUGCAGGAAAUGUCAGAUUAACAGUGUUGUUUUUGUAUUUUCACGUUUAGAAUUUGUGGAAUGUCAUUACAGCUGGUAAUCUUCAGAUCUGUGAAUGUACAUCACACUUUUCAACAAAAAAAUGUGAAACGGUUUAAAUCUGUGGAUAAUUAGCAUCUAUUUAGAUGUGACUUUGGUAGAAUAAUAAGUUCUGAGUUACAUUUAUCCAGGAACAAAACAUAAAGCAACCGUUGCUUCUAGUGCCGUAAUAACAACUGUUACCACAAGAGGGAGCUGUUUGCUCAUCAAGGACAACACAUGUAAAGCAGGAAUUCACUUUCUGGUGUAUUUCCUGUAGUAAGUGGGCCCUAUUGCAUUGGUAUUUAUGAAGAUUUACAACCUAAUCUUUCUGACUGUGACAAGCACGCUAUAGAAAUGUGUUUUGUUUUAUUAAACACAGAAUACUUUGUGAUUAACACAGACUAUUAGAUAUUCUUAAUAUAUUUUAAUGCAGUCACUAAUGUACUCUAACAGGCCGAGGUGUGCACUGGAGUCACAUGACUUGGACUCAAAUGAUAAAUGUACAGUGCCUCUCAGAGUAAGGACUCCAAAGCGCUUUACACUACAGUGUAUCAUUCAUCCAUUCACACUGUGACGGAGGAGCCGUCAUGAGUUACGCCCGUCCUGUAAGUAGAACCAGAAGGUGGGGUACACCCAGAAUAUCUGUAUGUGUUCAUAAACAUCAGCUGUUGUUUUGGCUCAACACAAAGCAAUUCGCCGUGGGUGCACAUGUGAUGUUUUGUUGUGAUUGCUAAAAUUAUGUUUCAGUAGGUUACCAUCGGUGUGUGUGCUCUGCGUCAUUGAGUUGUGAUGUGGAAAGAUGUGUAGAUGUAAAGUAGAUCAUGGGUUGAAAUGUACUAUUGCUUGGUGAUAACGCUAGGAUGUGUUGAUGUGUGUGAUUAAAAACUGCUGAGAAAAGGGUAAUAACGUGGUGGUUGGGCGGGGCCUGGCCCUUUAAAAAGGAUGCUCUGUGCUGUGGGCGUGGCUGGUCAUCAGAGUCAGUUCAGGUUCCGGUGAGGGGGGAUGCUAAAUGCUAAAUGCUAAUGCUCCUGGAUGCUAAAAUGUUUGUUUUACUGAGUUUCACCUGAAGAUGAGCACAAUAAAAGAGCACAUCACGCUGAA